CAUGACGAUUGGUUCCCACCAAUGACAUUGCCUUUCCAAUAUUUUGUUAAAAAAUUUAGUAUAUUGUCUAUGGUGUGACAUUGUGAAGGUGGAGGUGAGAGACUCUCCGAGGGUAGCUAAGUGUUGAGAAUACACUAUGACCACGAAAUGAUCGUUUCGUGCGCAUAAGGGCUUCUCUAGACUAAGUAGACAGUAAGCUGCCCCUAGUUCCUACCAUCGCAAAUGCCUUUGAGCUUGUAGCUGAAUGCCAUCAGAACUACAACGUAGGAAUGUCAUUUUGAAAAUGUAGCUGCAAUUUCAUAGGCUGAAGUCAUGAUAGGAAUGCGGGUGAUGGGUGAUGUGUGCCCACCGUCACAGAGUGAUUGUGAGAGGGAUGUUACUUUAGCCUCAUAUUUAUUGGCAAGAUUUUUUUGUUCUCCCAAGUGUCAACCUGUCAAACAUAUAAUAUUUUUUUAAAUAAUAGGUUUUGCUAAUGAUUAUCUAGGUGCUAUUGUAGACUGUUCAUUGUGAAUUUUUUCAUUGAAAUAAACAUGGUAUAAAACAAAAUUUUAAACUGUUAAUUUAUAAUAAGAAUUUGCUGCCAUUAUAGCUAAAAUUUACAGAAUAUUGACAGUCAUGACAAAUGGUACAUACUAUGUUGACCAUAAAAUGUUGCCAAGGAAAUGUGAGGUAAUAGAUGUUAGGUGUGAGUGUGUGAGGAGGGUGAUGGUGCGACACAUGGCCCGCCGGCUGAAGGGCCCGGAGGCAGGGCGGCGCCGGCAGGUACGGGACCUCUCACUCGCACCCCAUCCGUUCAAACAAGAGCCACAGUUCGGGCAGGAGACGACGUUCCAGCAGUUCCAGCCGCAGCAGGCUUACCCCGCUCAGCAGCCCCAGCCCCAGACCCAGCCGCAGCAGCAGCGGCCCAUGCCCUCUGCGCAAAACAACCAGAAGCCGCAGCCACCCAAGCCGCAGCCGCCGCUGCCGGCGGAGCCGCCGAAGCUGGAGCCCGACACGGACGUGACGAUGCAGGAGGCGCAGGAGGGCGAGGCGCCCGCGCGCCCCGCCUGGAUGAAGCACAAGCUGCCCGGCGUGAAGAAAAUCAGUAAGAAGGAGAAGCGCCGCCGCCAGAACGCGCACCUGCGGCGCCUCAUCGCGCCCAAGAACGCGCUCAUGGUGCUCAACGAAAUGUUGCUCAACGAGAACUUGGCUAACAACUUCAAAGUGGAGCCGGCGCCCGCGCCCCAAUACUACAAAAAUCAGAACAAGCACAGCUUCUGUGCUGACCUCACGCUCGAUGGACAGAACUACAAGGGAUAUGGCGAGAACAAGUUGGCGGCGCGCAACGCGGCGGCGGAACAAGCGAUCCGCGACCUCAUCAUCAAGCGGCUGGCGCGGCUCUCCAGCAGCGAGGCCGGCGUCUCCGACGACGUGGGUUCAGGGGAAGCCAACGAGAGCGAGGAGACGCUGCCGAUGAUCCAGAUCGCGUCGUUUGCGCUCCACAAGCUGUUCUCCGAGUGGGAGUACGAGGGACACAAGGUGCCGCAGAUCAGGCCUAUGUCCGUCUCGCAAUCGUCGGACGCGGAGACGGAGCCCCCGACGACGACGGCGACGCGGCCGGCGCUGCCCAAGAAGCCCAAGGAGCUGCCGCUGAACGCGCGCGCCAUGCACCCCUCCAUGCUGCUGAGCUACAUGCGUCCGCACGUCGAGUACAAGGAGCUGCAGGUGGAAGGCGACCGCCCACAGAACAUGGUGUUUACUGUCGGCGUCGAAGUUGACGGCUCCACAUACGUCGGCAAGGCGUCGAACAAGAAGGAGGCGCGCAAGUCGGCGGCGCGCGCGGCGUGCUGCGCGCUGUUCGGCGUGCAGUUCGACGACCUCGCGCACGCCGCGCCCGCGCCCCUCCCAGCGCCCCUCCCAGCGCCCCUCCCAGCGCCCCUACCCGCCGGCAACUUGUAAUUGAUUAUUGUCUUCGUUCGCUGCUAGUUAGAGAAGCGAAAAAAUUUUAUCAAUAAAUACACCACGUUCUCGAGCAAAUACAAAAAAAAUAUGGCCAUUGCUCGGACACACUCCGGUCUAAUGUAAGUCAUCACUUUAUAUUCAUUUUGAUACUAUUAUUGUACUGGAAUGUUUUUCACACACACCGAAACGUAUAAGAUCUGCAUACAAUGUGAAACUUGUGUAAUUAAUCUAAUAAUUUUGUUAUAUACCGUUCAUGGUAUUCUGUUAUAUUGCGACUUUUGAAAGGACUUGAUGAGGAUGUUUAUUUUAUUUACGAUCGUUGGUUACACAAACUACUCAAAUCUCUAUUUUGCAUAUAUACAAUAAUAAACAAAAAUUUGUUGGUGAAGAUCACCAAGAUAUCAAAUCCUUUACAUUAUAUAAUUGCAUGUACUAGCACUAGCAUACAUAAUUGCGAAAUGCUAUGUUUAUAGCGUGAUUUUGACUACAUUAUUUUCUAUAUAGUUAAUUAUUUACCUAAGUUGUAUAUAAGACUAAAUCCUAGUUUUACGUUCUAUUAAGUAAAUAAACGAAAUGACUUUGA